AUGGCAAAAAACAACUAUGUCGUUGCUCUAUUUAGCGAUAUUAAAGGUGCGUACGAUAACGUCCUACCAGAGGUGCUAGAAGAUACUCUGGCUAACACUGGACUACCAGGAAAAUUCAUAAACUCAAUUACGACCAACAUCCGAGAAAGAAAGAUAUUUUUCCGAAUAAAUGGGAAACUGAUAGGGCCGAGAAAAAUCUACAAAGGCCUACCACAGGGAGAAAGUCUUAGCCCCAUCUUAUACUUAAUUUAUGUAAGAGACAUAGAAAAAAUAUGGGAAACAGGUACCAAAAUAUUACAAUUUGCAGAUGACGUCGUGAUAUAUAUAGAAAAAUCAAGCCUCCAGGAAGCCUAUGAGGUGAUGAGCCGUAACAUAGAUUUCUUCCAUGAAUGGCUCGCAAAGAAAGGACUUGAAUUGUCGGACGAAAAAAGCUCAAUCGGAAUCUUUACAAGACGCAGGAAGCUAGAAGAAAGAACAGCACUAACGACUAAAUACCAUACAAUCAAAAUACAAGAAAAUAAUAAAUUUUUGGGCGUCACAUUCGACAAAAAACUAUCUUUCAAAGCACAUAUAAAUCAAGUAAUCACAAAAAUUGAGCCAAAAAUCAACAUUUUACGUAUGGUAAAUAGGACAUGGUGGGGAGCUCACCCUACCACAGCCCUGAAUUUGUAUAGAACAAUAAUUAGACCAUCAUGGGAGUAUGGAAGUCUAGCUUUCAGUAACUCUUCUCACUGCAGAAAGCUAGAAAAAAUUCAAUAUAAAUGUUUGAGACUGUGCAUAGGGGCAAUGAUUUCCACACCUACAAACGCCUUGUUGGUGGAAUGUGGAGAAAUGCCUUUACAUUUAAGAUUCCAAUAUUUAAGUGAUAAAUUUGUACUUAAAAAAUACCAAGUACAAAAUAAUAGAACAAUCGAAAAUAUCAAGAAUGUAGCCAUAGAUACAUUAACAAGUGACUAUUGGAGAAAUCGUCCAAAACCAAGCUUGGUAUAUAGCUAUAUAAAAGUAAUUGAAACAAGAGGAGACACAAAUAAAUACAAUAAACACCCGUAUUAUAACUUUUUCACAUUAGACAACAGUUAUACGAUAGAAAAAAUAUUCAAUACGAAUACAAUCAACAUAGAGGAUUAUAAAGUUAUAUUUACAGACGGGUCAAAAAUUAAUAACAAAACUGGCUGCGCUUUAUUUUAUGAAAACGAUAAUAUCAAAAUAGGAUAUAAACUACCAGACUUCGUUUCAAUUUGGUCAGCCGAGCUAAUAGCUAUAAAAAAAUCAAUUGAAUAUAUAGAAAGCCACAAAAUCACUAAAGCGGUCAUCGUUACCGAUAGCAAAAGCUGUAUAGAUAAACUGAAAAAUCUAUUCCUUACUAAUCGACUAAGCGAGACUUUGGUAUAUGAAGUAUGGAAUAGACUUAUACAGCUUUUGGAGAACGGGUAUACAGUCAAAUUAUUAUGGACUAGAUCGCACUCCGGUUCUAGUGGAAACGAUGAAGCGGACUCCAUAGCAAAAUGGGCAACAGAAUACGGAACUAUGAUCAACCUAGCCACUAGGAAAGACUAUAUAAAUAAUUCAAAGAAAAAAAUACUGGAAAAAUGGCAAGAGCAGUGGAACAGAUCGUCGGAAACAAAGGGACGACACUACAAGGCAGUCAACCCCAAAUUGAAGAUGAAACCGUGGUUCCGAAAAUAUGCAGAUGAAAACAGAGGUACCAUCGUAACAAUAACAAGACUAAGGCUUAACCAUGGCAACUUCCCUGCACACCUGAAGAGGCUGGGAAUAAUAGAGUCAGAAUCAUGUCCUUGUGGAGCAUCAAGCGGAACAUCUGAACACAUCAUACUAGAAUGUAGUAUAUUUGAGGCAAGCAGGGCUAAAUGGUUAGAGGAACUACACUCCAUAAAAACACUGAUUAAACCCUUUAAUUUGACAUCAUUAUUGCAAAAUCUGAACUGUUAUCCUAAUAUAAUUAGGUUUGUUAAUAAUAGUAAAAUUAAGUUGUAA